AUGAAGAUGAUCACACCAGGUCACACCGCUUACAGAAUGCCAACGGUUGAUAUCAAAGAAGACGUCGGGCGUCCACGCUUUUCGGUAACUCAUUCGACUUUUAAAAGAAUAGUCGACGCACUUUUUAAAGGUGCAGAUGGCGACACGUUCGGCGACCCUGGACCUGAACUUCCUGAGUUCCUUGGACUGUGCAAUCGACUUAGUUGUGGUGACAUC